GGCGCCGAUGGCGGGGGGCAGCAGCAGCAGCGCGGGGGGCGCCGGGGCCCGCGGGCGGGCUAGUUCCCGGCUGGACGGGCUGUUUCUGCGGCGGUUCCUGCGGCUCCUGGCCGUGCUCUUUCCCGGGUGGCCCUCCCCGAGCGCCCUCAUGUUCCUGACGCUGCUCGGUGUCGCCUUGCUGGAGCAGCUGGUUAUUUACCAGGUCGGCGUCAUCCCCAGCCAGUACUAUGAAGUCCUAGGGAACAAGGACUUCUCCGGAUUCAAAACAUUGACUGCCGUUGCUGUGACUCUGAUCAUUGUGAACUCCACGCUAAAAAGUUUCGACCAGUGUAUCUGCAACAUGAUGUAUGUGAACUGGAGGAAAUCCCUCACUGAAUACCUCCACAGCUGCUACUUCCAAGGCCAGGUCUACUACAACCUGCUCGUGCUGCGUGAGGACAUCGAUAACCCGGACCAGCGCAUCAGCCAGGAUGUGGAGAGGUUCUGCAGGCAGCUCAGCUCCAUGGCCAGCAAGCUCGUCAUCUCACCCUUCACACUGGCCUACUACACAUACCAGUGCUUUCACAGCACUGGCUGGCUAGGCCCGGUGAGCAUCUUUGGGUAUUUCAUCAUUGGGACGAUGAUUAACAAAGUGUUGAUGAGCCCAAUUGUGUCUAAACUUGUGCAACAGGAAAAACUGGAGGGAGAUUUCAGGUUCAAGCACAUGCAGAUUCGUGUCAAUGCAGAACCAGCUGCUUUUUACAGGGCUGGGCGAGUGGAGCACAUGCGCACAAACCGGAGGCUGCAGAGCCUGCUGAAGACCCAGAGAGAGCUGAUAGGCAAGGAGCUGUGGCUAUACAUUGGGAUCAACACCUUUGAUUACCUGGGCAGCAUCCUGAGCUACGUGGUCAUUGCCAUUCCCAUCUUUUCUGGUGUCUACGGUGACCUGAGUCCAAUAGAGCUCAGUGCCCUUGUCAGCAAGAAUGCCUUUGUUUCCAUCUACCUCAUUGGCUGCUUCAGCCAGCUCAUAGAUCUCUCCAGCACUGUUACUGAUGUAGCUGGCUACACACACAGGAUUGGUGAACUGCAGGAGACCUUGCUGAGCCUUGGCAGAAAAGAAAAUGGUAACUACUCAGAAGCCAAAACCAGUUGGGAUUUGGAUGGCAACCAUUCUGGGGAGGAGCCAGUGCCAAGGGACACAGCUUUCCUUCUGGAGCGAGUGACACUCUCAGUACCAUCCUCUGGCAAGCUGCUCAUCAAGGACUUGAACCUCAGGAUCUCACAAGGAAACAGCGUGAUGAUUGUGGGAAACACUGGUACAGGGAAGACAUCUCUCCUGAGGGUCCUUGGAGGGCUCUGGGAGAGCACACGGGGGAGCAUCAGCAUGCUGACCUGCUUUGGCCCCCGAGGAGUGGUGUUCCUACCACAGAGGCCCUUCUUCACUGACGGAAGCCUGCGUGAGCAGGUGAUCUAUCCCCUGAAGGAGAUCUAUCCACUUUCAGGGUCUGCAGAUGAUGAGAGGAUUGUGCGAUUCCUGGAGCUGGCUGGGCUGACUGAUUUGCUGGCAAGGGCUGGAGGACUGGAUGAACAGGUGGACUGGAACUGGUAUGACAUCCUGUCCCCAGGGGAGAUGCAGAGGCUCUCAUUUGCACGGCUCUUCUACCUCCAGCCAAAAUAUGCAGUGUUAGAUGAAGCCACCAGCGCCUUGACAGAAGAGGUGGAACAUGAACUGUACCGUAUGUGCCUUCAGCUGGGCAUGACACUGAUUAGUGUGGGACACAGACCCAGCCUGGAAAAGUUCCACAGCUGGAUUUUGAAACUUCAUGGGGAGGGAAGAUGGGAGCUCACUCGAUGUGAGAAGUUGAAGCGGCUCCCCUCUGAAGAAGGAUACUGAAGAACAUGCCCCUUGUCUGGCCAGCCACAGAACCUGCACAUGUGUGGAAGAGCUCUCAGUAGCAGACAUGGAGCUGCCAAACCAGCAGCUGUGUCAAACAGUGCAAGACCAGUUCUGGAUUUUGCUGAUGGACAGAGUAUGUCUGAAUACAUGGUGUGGAGUUCUGCCAAGAGUCGGCAUAACCAUGCCACCCUUCUCCCAGCCUCUUUCUUCCUCCCUGGCUCUCACAAGAGAAAGGAGCUGAGCUCCUAGGCCACCCUGAGAGAAGAUGCUGCCUCGUGGGUCUUGUAGAAACAACAGCCAGAGAAACCUCCACUUUGUCUGGGAUACAUUGGUGUGAGGCUAGAAUGCAGCCUCCUCUUCUGCCCUCUGUGCCUUCUGAGGAACUCUGUCUUGGAUACACAGCUCUGCAGAACAGAUUUAUGUACCUUGUGGCUCUGUUGAGAAUUGUGUUUGCCAGCAGGAGACAAGGGCAUGAGAAUGCUAGCACAGGGCACGUCUCUGCUCUCUUUGUAAUACACGGCUACAGGUGAAAGGAACAUUUUUGUAUUAAAAUCUGGGGCCUGUUUUCACACUGUU